CAGAUCUCCAUACCAGACCACAGGGUACUCUGGGCUCUGUGUGUCUGUCACAGGAGCCAAAGAGGGUGGGAGGGCGUUCUCCAACUCAUAGACUACCAGUUCCUGUCAUCUUUCAUCUUUCCCUGUGUUUUUCCUUAUCUCCUGUCUUAUUGUUACUCUAUAUCUUACUCAUUUACUCUUUUUAUGUCCCUAAACAUUUUUGCUUCACUCUGGGUCUAACUUAUCAAGGACGGUUUGAGUAAAUAUGGUCAGCAUCAGUUUGCAGCACACUGAAAAACAUCAGCACAACUGGAAUUAAAUUGUCCAAACUGACAACUGGAGGAGCUUUCACCUUUCAUUUCUCAAAGGCUCUCGAGCUGCACCCUCCUUCCUCUUCUACAACCACCAGCGUUUCGCUCCUGAAGGCUGUGCACCCCUCCAUGCUGACGGAGAGAGUCCCUGUUGGCCUGAUGUCCUCAGUUGUAGCCCCAGAAAAGCCCACCUCCAACACCAUGGGCCCCAAAGAGGUGGAGCUGAUCCUGGUGAAGGAGCAGAAUGGGGUUCAGUUCACCUCGACCACCUUAGUGGCUCCAACCCCUACUCAGACCCACCCCAGUGGGGAGGAGGAGAGGGAGACCUGGGGGAAGAAAAUCGACUUCCUCCUGUCUGUGAUCGGGUUCGCCGUGGACCUCGCCAAUGUCUGGAGAUUCCCCUACCUUUGCUAUAAGAAUGGAGGAGGUGCAUUCCUGGUGCCAUACCUGUUCUUCAUGGUGAUAGCAGGCAUGCCUCUCUUCUACAUGGAGCUGGCUCUGGGACAGUAUAACAGAGAGGGGGCAGCAGGGGUCUGGAAGAUCUGCCCCAUAUUUAAAGGCGUAGGCUUUACAGUGAUCCUCAUUUCCCUCUACGUUGGUUUCUACUAUAAUGUCAUCAUCUCCUGGGCACUGUUCUACCUCUUCUCCUCGUUUACCAGCGAGCUACCGUGGGUCCACUGCAACAACACUUGGAACAGUCCUAACUGCUCUGACUGGGCUGACAACAGCUCAGUCAGUGACAUUUACAAGUCCACCCCUGCUCAGGAGUACUUUGAGCGAGGGGUGCUCCACAUCCAGGACAGUAAUGGUAUCAAUGAUCUGGGCCGUCCACGCUGGCAGUUGACUUCCUGUCUAGCUGUAGUCAUUGUUCUUCUCUACUUCAGUCUGUGGAAGGGAGUCAAGACCUCUGGCAAGGUUGUGUGGAUCACAGCCACAAUGCCCUAUGUGGUCUUGACUGUGCUGUUGCUCCGCGGAGUCACUCUGCCCGGAGCCAUCGAUGGCAUUAAGGCCUACCUCUCUGUGGACUUCCUGAGACUCUGUGACCCCAAGGUCUGGAUAGAGGCAGCGACACAGAUCUGUUUCUCUCUGGGAGUGGGGUUUGGUGUGCUAAUUGCCUUUUCCAGCUACAACAAAUUCAGCAACAACUGUUACAGAGACGCCAUCAUCACCACCUCCAUCAACUCUUUGACCAGUUUCUUCUCCGGCUUUGUGGUCUUCUCCUUCCUUGGGUACAUGUCCUACAAGCACAACGUAGCCCUGGACAAAGUUGCCAGAGAUGGUGCUGGUUUGGUGUUUGUUAUUUACCCAGAAGCCAUUGCAACAUUACCUGGGUCAUCAGUGUGGGCGGUUAUCUUCUUCAUCAUGCUGUUGACACUGGGCAUUGACAGUGCGAUGGGUGGGAUGGAGUCUGUGAUCACAGGGCUGAUUGAUGAGUUUAAAUUCCUCCACAAGCACAGAGAGCUGUUCACUCUCUUCAUUGUUGUUUCCACCUUCCUCAUAUCCCUCUUCUGUGUUACAAAUGGAGGGAUGUAUGUGUUCACUCUGCUGGACCACUUUGCAGCAGGAACAUCGAUUCUCUUUGGAGUGCUUAUUGAAGCCAUCGGCAUCGCAUGGUUUUAUGGAGUAGACCGAUUCAGUGAUGACAUUGAGGAGAUGAUUGGCCAGCGACCAGGACUGUACUGGAGGCUGUGCUGGAAGUUUGUCAGCCCUUGCUUCCUCCUGUUCAUGGUGGUAGUGAGCUUUGCCACAUUCAACCCUCCAAAUUAUGGCACCUACAUGUUUCCUCCAUGGGCUAACAUGGUGGGGUGGUGUCUCGCCAUUUCCUCAAUGUCCAUGGUGCCUCUCUACGCCAUCUACAAACUCUGCACGCUGCCGGGAAAGUUUUGUGAUAGACUGGCUUAUGCCAUCACCCCAGAGACAGAGCAUCAUUUGGUAGACAAUGGGGAAGUUCGGCAGUUCACACUGCAUCACUGGUUGGUGGUCUGAAAAAUACAGAGAGAGAAUGAAAGAGUGAGAGAGAGAGAAUGAGAGUAUGGACAUUGGGUGUAUGAAUGGAUGCACAGCAAAGGCCUGAAGAGCUAAGAAGAAAGUAAAAGCCAUUUAAAAAGAUCACAAUGGUGGUGGUGGUGGUGGUGGGAGCAAUUUAAAAGUGCCGACAAAAAUAGAAAUUGUAGUGUUCUUUAAUUUCAACAGUGGAUGUGUGAAGCUGUGCAUUGACCCUCUCCACCACUGUGUUGACACUGCUGAAUGGAAUUCAGUCAAACAGGAAAUGUGGUGUUCAGGCUGCUUCCACCAUAAAUAAAUGAAAAAAAAACUCUUCUUGAAGGAAUACCGUGCAAGUUGUUAAGCUGUUAGUUAUUUUUACUUUGCACUUGCACUUGUUACAGUGUGAGAAAUGUUCUUGGAAUUACUUACAUUACCCCCUCAAGAGAAUGAAAAGAGAACAUAUGAGAGGAUCAGUGGUUUACUUUACAUUAUGUCAAGUGCAUAGUGGGACAUAAUUAAUAAUUAAAGUGGCAUGGUAUUUCUUUGAGGCAAGAUGCACAUUAAAACGAUUAAAUUGCAGUAUUUUCUUUAUGUACAUGGGGUGAAGAUGAUGAUUGAGUUACACACAUCUGGAAGAGAUAAUUUCCAAAAUGCAGGAUCUGCUGUUGGAAAUCAAUUUUUCUUUUUUUAAAUAAUUUGUAUUUGUUCUAUAUGUUCUCCGUCAAUUAUCUUCCUUUUUCAAUUUGUUAUUCUGGAUCAAAACGCCACGAUUUUGUAGCCGUCAGGCAUGUAAUGAAUGCCACAGGUUUUACUGUAUCCAAGUCCAUGUCUUGUUUAUAAUAUUUAUUUAUUUACUUGCUCUUCUUCUUAAGGACUGUUAAUACACACAUUUUUUUUGCAGACUUUGAGAAAAUUACACCUACUUGUGUUUACAUGAGAACAAUUUACAGGAAAGAACAGUUUGUACAUCAAUAGAAAAUCAUAUCAUUUGAAUAAACUAAAACUAUGUCUGAUUAAGCACUGGGGGGGGGGGGUCUUCAUAAAAAAAAAUGACUCAUCCUUUAUAAAUCAAUAGGAUUGAUUGUCUGAAAAUAGAAGUCACUUCCUCUUACCUUGCUCUUGUUAGAUGGACUAACCAAAAAACAGUUGGUUUAUAGUAACACUGUCAUUCCAUCACAUGGGUGAAUAUAUUCUAAAACAAUACUAAAACUGAACCUGUAUAUAAUCAGACUUAAUUAGUUUUAAACAGGUGCCUCAAAGCCCUAAUACUUGAACACUCCUAAACUUAUCAACUUCCUAAUUAUUGUCACCGACACACUGACAAGAACCACAUCAUCAGCCACACCGCUGAUCUAAUCAACCAAAGACUAAAAUAAACUCACACAUUCAGAUAUCGCUCACGUGAGAAUAUUUUGCCAAGGGAUUUUUUUUCUUUUAAUCAAUAGACCACUUGAUUGUUAACUUCAUCGUCCCAGGUCAAUCUCUCUUCUCGGUUACCACAAAUCACUUUUCAUUUGUCAAAUUAUAGAUUAGUUGUGUGUUUGUCCCCCCCCCGCCAAAGAUUCAGGUGGUGAUUUGAAAGCUAUGACUGUCACAUUUCCAGAAAGCAUAAAGCUUUAAUUUUACCGUUUACAGAAUCUUAUUCAGUGUUUCAAGACUGUUUAAAAAGCUGCUUUUUAUUGAACUGCAAACAAAUAGAGUGUAAUGAAAUAUAUGAAGUAAUUUAAGUUAUAUAUCUGUGUAAGUAAAUGUAAUGUAGAGGGGCUUGUAUUGUAUUGUACUGUAUGAUAUUGAAUAACAAGACCAACAAGAUUAUAUAUGUAUAUAUAUAUAUGGAUUAUUGCUUUGUUACUGUGAAGUUGAUACAUAUUAGCCUUAAGGAUCUUUAUGAGAAUUACAUGUAAAAUCCAUAUAAACUUUCUUCUCAUGAACUCUUUCUGUUUAUUCAGAAACCAUACAUCAUUUUUCAGACUGGUCAGCAAUGACUUGUUUUCACCUUGUGGUACAUGUAACACACUGAAGGGUUUAUUAUGUCCCAAAUUGUAUGCCUGUGCUGCUGUACUGUGCCUUGUGGUGUUUCUGACUGUAUGACUUUGUUUUGUACUGUCAAAUAAAGUAUAAUUAAUUAAAUUA